AUGAUCUCUCGGCAUGUGUUCAGUGUGAUUGUGGCGCUGCCAAUUCUGGUUUUAUGCAAAUACCUGGCCAACUUGGUGCCGUAUGAAAAACAGGUAAGUGUUAUCGGGGAGAUUGGAAAAUUUUGGCGGGAAAAAAUUUUGAAAAAGGAAAUUGAUCAAGUCGCAAUAAUUCGAUGUUUAUAUGUGUAUAAGUUUUGUAACAAUCUUAGACUACUUAAUUCUAAAACAUACUAAAGGUUAUGAAAGCUCACUAAUUAUGAAACCACCUAAAUUCUUAGAGUAAUGACAAAUCAUUUCCCUCAUUUUUUAGCAAUGACGCACCUUUGAUUUGUCUAAUAUAAUUUCAAGUUUUAACACCCUUGAUUAGUCUAAGCGUUACAUAAAGUCUGGUAGAUUAUAAGCGUGUUUCUGCAAGGAUAUACGAGAUAUUGAACAAUCUUUUUUUUGACAAAGAACAUCCGACAGCGCGGAGAGACAGCUAAAUUUUUGUGGCUUUGUAAAAGUAAUUUUGUAUAUUGCCGUAUAUUGCACAUUUACAGCAAUGUUUUCCACCAUAAAAAAUUGUAAAAAUAAGCAAAUUUGUACACAUCUUUGUCCUAAAAUUCCUUCAAAUAGGAGAUAAAACUUGCAUUCAAAAUUAUGAAAAAUUUAAUCAAUGGACUUGUGUUUUCGCCUUAAAAAUGUAGGACUCCCAUUUUUAAUACCGUAUUUUACCUCUUUUACAAAUUUUAUGCAAUAUUUUUUCAGGGGUUCUUCUGCGAUGACAAUGAGAUUCGUCUGCCGUAUAAAGAGGACACAAUUGGCAGUUAUACGAUGUUAUUCCUCUUUGCCGUAAUUGCUGUGGUCUUGGUAAGUAAUUCUGUUGUUAAAAUACGAUAUAGUUAUCAAUGUAAUCAUAACAUAUUCUUAACUUCAGAUGAUCGUAUCUGAAUAUUCAUUGGUCAAGCAUUUGUCCAAGAAAGGGAAGCGGAUUGUCACGGAGUCCACGGCGAUUCAUCCAGUCAUAUUAACGAUAAUAUUCUUCCUUGGUAAGUUUUAUACAGGGUGCGGCAAUUUUUCGGCCGGAUUUUAAUUUGCCAUAACUUUUUUAGUUUUUGGGCAAAUGUCAAAAUUCUUUUUUUCCCUGAAUCCAUAGACAACCCCAUUUUGUUUAAUACCAAAUAUGUUAUACCCGUUCAUUAGACUACAGUAAAAAUUCGAGACAAAGAAAAAGCUCUAAUUUUCAUAGCUGACAAUGGAAUUACCCCUAGUGCGACCCUCAGAUUUUCUUUAAAUUUUGCAUAUGGGCCGGACAUAGGCCACACAUCAAUUCCUGAAAGUUUCAGCCCGCACCUUUCAGGGGCGACCAAGAUAUUCAACGAUUCUUUGCGGUCAGGAGGGCACAUGAGUGGCCACACAGAAAAACUUUUUGGCUAUAUCUUCGCUAGUUUUGUGCGGAGAUAGCUGAUUUUUUGUGGAAACGGUAUUCUCCAUGGCAUGAACAGGCAUGAAACUUUUUACGACAAAAUUCGUAAAAAGAGUCAUUUUUUCUGGCGAUUUUCACACACGCCGAAAAAGCAGAGAAAACGACCGAAAUGCCAAUAACUAUGUACUAGGUCCCUGUAUAUAUAACAUACUUGGUAUUAAAACACGAUUUCUGAGUGAGUGUAGCAGCCCUUGACAUAGAAAAUUUCGAUCUCGGGUUUUUUGCCUUAAUGUGACCGACAUCAUCCUAAAAACUUAUUGGCAAAACAGUUUUGCCUACUUCCGCCGUUAACAUAGUUGUUUUUACAAUUUAUUGUUUAUACAGUAAUCCUCAAUAAUUCAGUAAUGACCAUACAGAUAUUCAUGAAAUUGUGUAUACUGACGUUUUCGAACUCGUAGAUUUCAAAAAAAGUGGUUUUGACUCAUUAGGAUUACUGUAACAUACCAAACUGCCGAUUCGGCCGCCAAAAAUCGGCCGUAAAAAGUUUGUUUCUAAAAACCCACAGCUGAUUUUAACAUAUGUUAAUCAGCAUAAAAUUCUGCCCUAUAAACGUUAAAAAAAAGUCCAAAAAGUGGGGCGGCAUUUUUCAUGGUAUAGUGGUUUUGGGUCAGAACUACCAAUCCAGCGUCCCGAGUUCGAGUCCGCCUGGAUGCAAAAACCAAAAAUAAAGCGUAAAUUAGCUUUAAUGUGGUCUUGGGGUCUGUAUGAGGGAGACUGAAUAAUUUUAGACAUAGAUGAUAACCCUAUUUGAGAUAAAAAUGGAUUUUAUAUAAUUUUAGAUGAUAAAUUCGUGAAAAAUGAAACGUCUUCAAAUUGCUUGAAAUUGAUAACAACUCUUCUAGAAAUAAUUCUAAGAAACUUUUCCGUUAGCUUUUUUUGAUUGCUUACUGUAUCAUAGAGUACUGUAACAUAAAACCUUUUUUCCUUAACCGUGGUUUUCUUCUAAAUUCUUUAAAUGAAAUUUUGAAUUUUUUUGGUUAGCUUUUCUAAACGGUCGAUACCAUACGCGCUGCAUAUUUAAAAUAAAAUUCCAUCUCUAUUCCAGUGUGUAUUCGUAUCAUCGUUAAUUGGUGAAACUUCGGGAGAUUUCUCAGGUCUUUUGAAUCGUACGGCCAUAAAAACAUUUUGGUGUUCCAACCGACUCACUCUUAACCAUUUCUAUCAUUAUAGUGAUAGUCCGAUGUCUCUGCGCUCCGUGGUAUGUGAAAAACUAAAUCGGGUUUAAUGUUACAGUACUCCAUGGUACAGUAAGCAAUCAAAAAAAGCUAACGGAAAAGUUUCUUAGAAUUAUUCCUAGAAGAGCUGGUAUCAAUUUCAAACGAUUUGGAGACGUUUUAUUUUUCACGAAUUUAUCAUCUACAAUUAUAUAAAAUCCAUUUUUAUCUCAAAUAGGGGUAUCAUCUAUGUCUAAAGUCUCUCUCAUACAGACCCCAAGACCACAUCAAAGCUAAUUUACGCUUGAUUUUUUGUUUUUGCAUCCAGGCGGACUCGAACUCGGGACGCUGGAUUGGUAGUUCUGACCCAAAACCACUAUACCAUGAAAAAUGCCGCCCCACUUUUUGGACUUUUUUUUAACGUUUAUAGGGCAGAAUUUUAUGCUGAUUAACAUAUGUAAAAAUCAGCUGUGGGUUUUCAGGAACAAACUUUUUACGGCCGAUUUUUGGCGGCCGAAUCGGCAGUUUGGUAUGUUACAGUAAUCCUAAUGAGUCAAAACCACUUUUUUUGAAAUCUACGAGUUCGAAAACAUCAGUAUGCACAAUUUCAUGAAUAUCUGUACGGUCAUUACUGAAUUAUUGUGGAUUACUGUAUAAACAAUAAAUUGUAAAAACAACUAUGUUAACGGCGGAAGUAGGCAAAACUGUUUUGCCAAUAAGUUUUUAGGAUGAUGUCGGUUACAUUAAGGCAAAAAACCCGAGAUCGAAAUUUUCUAUGUCACGGCCUAACUAAAGGCUGCUUCACUGACUCAGAAAUCGUGUUUUAAACAAAAUGGGGUUGUCUGAGGAUUCAGGGAAAAAAAGAAUUUUAACAUUCGGAUAAAAACUAAAAAAGUUAUAGCCAAUUCAAAUCCGGCCGAAAAAUUGCCGCACCCUGUAUUGUAAAAUACGCAAUCCACAGAGUCCGCUGUAAUUGUUUGCUAUUGACAAUUUUCGUUCCACACUUUGCUAUACAAAGUUUCCAUUGUAAUUCAGCAUCCCUUUUCAGCCUGCCUCCUCUGCAAUAUUUACUGUGUCCAAACCACAGUCGGGUUUUCAAAACGGACAGUCUCAAGGCUCCGGCCCAACUUCAUCUCAGUUUGUCAGCCAAAUUUGACAGAGCUGUGCAGCUUCGAAAACUCCCACAAAUUCAUCCAACAUUAUCGAUGUUAUGGAGAGUUCCGAGAGGACGAAUACUACAGUUUUCCCAGUGGCCACUCCGCACAAGCUGUUGCCUUUGGACUCUUUAUGAUUGUAAGUCAGCAUUUUUUUGUUUCUGCGAGCGUAGAUGAGAGCCCUGCAGAGGGUAGUGCGCUUUACAAGGAGAAUAUUGAAAGAGAAAUUUUUUGAAACAGACCUUGCAAACGGAUCUCUACUUCAGGCUGGAAAAAUCCCAGUUUUUUAUCUUUAUCUGCCAAUAUUUUCGAUAAAACUUAUGCCCAAGGCUAAUACGACCAAAGCAACUUUUCAAGCAUAUUAACAAAGUGGCUAGAGUAAUUUUGACAGCCGAAAAAAAUCAGCAAAAACGGACAGUGCAAAGCGAACCUUUGUGUCGCAAUAGCGGCUUUGCGUGCAGACUAUAGUAUAGUUCUGUUUGUGUGCUUAUAGGUUAAAUAUGUUCUUUUUAAAAGAACCUGGCGGUAUCUAAAAAAAUUCAAUUUUCGCAUAAAAUCUCCAAGUUUCAGCAUUUUAUGACCAAAAAAUUUCGGCAAUUUCUGUUAAGCGCAGGCCGAAAAUCCCAAGCAUUCUUUCAUAGAAGAAAUCGAGCAUUUUUAUUGUUCCAACUUUUUAAUAUUAUAUUUACCUUUAAUACUUCUUCUGCUUUCAGUUCUACAUUCAAAAGCGCUACAAGUUUCUGGAGCCGUCCAGGUCAUUUCUACAGUUGGCACUUUUCUUCAUCACCGUGUUCAUCUGCCUGAGUCGAAUUCGAGAUAACAAACAUCGCCUAACCGAUGUGAUGGGUGGAGCUUCCAUUGGUGCCAUGUUUGCUUGGUUCUUUUUACGGCAUGUUCUGAAGGACUUCAAGUUGAAUCGAUACGAAACAACGGAGAAGGAGCAUUUCACAGAGGACAUUGCCUAUGGGACGAAUUGCAAAGGUGGAUACGAAGCGGUGUAA